GUCACGCGGCGGUAAUCGCCUCUCGAAGUGUUCGAUCGCGCGAGGAGCCCCAUAAAUGUCUGCCCGCGUGUAAUAGAGUGUGUUUACGCGAAAUCAGUGGGAUCGAGGCGCCCGUAUAACCUCGAAUGUAUCAUAUUCUCAUAGCGUGCGUACUACAUCGCGUUCGAAAAUUCGCACAGUGAUAACGUACGAUCGAACGCGCGUGUAGCGAUGGCGAGUCGAGAGACAGCGGCAAGGUCGAAGGAGAAGCCGGUCUACAUCCUGCCGGACUACGCGGACGACGACGACACCUCCAACUCGAUGGACCCUUCUGCAGUCGGUAAGUGCAAGGACCUCGCGCUUAACCUCAAAUCGCACAUCGACGCUGGGGCCCACGACGAUCCCGACAAGAGCGACGAGUGCGAGGUCUGUCGCGAGUUCUUCGGCCAGCGGCAUCCCGUCAUCAGAACUCGCAGCGUCGUCGUCGUCGAUCUCGAGAAGCCGCACGUCUGCGAGAUCUGCGAGAAGCCGUUCAAGCAGAAGCAUCAUCUCAAGACCCACAUGAAUUCGGUGCACGAUCGUAAGGACUCGUUCGAGUGCGAGAUAUGUCGCAAGUCGUUCACGCAGAAGUCGCAUCUCACGUCGCACGUGCAGGCCGUGCACAUGCGCACCAAGCCCUUCGAGUGCGCCGUCUGUCACAAGUCGUUCGGCCGCAAGAGCAAUCUCAACACGCACCUCAACACGGUGCACUAUCGCUGCAAGUCGUCCGAGUGCGACAUCUGCCACAAGUGGUUCGGCACCAAGGGCGACCUCGCCAAGCACGUCAACGCCGUGCACAAUCGCGCCAAGCCCUUCCAGUGCGCCACCUGCGGCAAGUCCUUCGGCUACAAGUACAAGCUGAAGCUGCACGUCGCGACGGUGCACCAGCGCGCCAAGCCCUUCGAGUGCGAGAUAUGCGGCAAGUCGUUCGGCCAGAAGAUCCAUCUCAAGCGUCACGCCAACGCCGUGCACGUGCAUCGCGAGUCGUUCGAGUGCGAGAUCUGCGCCAAGUCAUUCAGCUAUCAGCCCAAUCUCAAGAAUCACGUGAAGACGGUGCACAAUCGCAGCCGGCCGUACUCGUGCGCGAUCUGCGGCCAGUCGUUCGGCUACCGCUGCAAACUCAGGCAGCACGUGGAGGCGGUGCACGAGCACAGCAAGCCCUACCAGUGCGAGAUCUGCUUCAGGUCGUACGGGCGCAAGGAUAACCUAAAAUCGCACGUGGCGGCGGUGCACGAGCGCAGGCGUUCGUUCGAGUGCAGGCACUGCGGCGAGUCGUUCGUCUACAGGAAUCUGCGCAAGCAGCACGUGGUAGCGGAACACAGCGACGAGUUGGAGCUGGAGCUGGAGCAGCAGCAGCAGCAGCAGAAGCCAAAGCAGCAGCAACGUGCAAGAGAGGAGGUGUUCGAGUGCGACAUCUGUCACGUCGCGUACGAUCGCAAGGAUAGCUUGAUAGCGCACAUACACGUGGAGCACUACAGUAUCAUUUCGAUGUGAUGUUGUUGUUUUUUUUUUGUUAAGAUUGUCCAUAGGAGAUUAAUUAUUAGUUUUUCUUUUUGUUGUAAGAUUUUUGUAGUCGCUUUAUUCGUAUGCUUUGAUAACACAUUGAUAACCUUUAUUUUUCUAAGUAACAAUAUAAUACUUUCAU